CAGGUCUUCAAAUAGGUAUAAAUGCAGCAUCCUCUGAAAGAUGACCUACACACCAAGAUGAUCUUGAUUGAUAUUUGUGCAAUCUUUCAUCUGUUCAACGACAAAGGGCAUCUGCAUCACUACUACACUACAUCUGGCUAAAUUCAUCCUGACCUGGGUGCAUCUAUUAUAUUUGUGCAAAUGCACUUUGUUUUUGCUUCAAUUAUUAUUAUUAUUUUUUUUUUUGUAGCAUUGUUUUCUAAUUGUGAUUAUGAUUUGAUCUAUAUCGGGUCAGAUUCCUUCCUUGCAUAUUUAAAACAGCCGUGGGACGUCAGGACCGACCGCUGCAUGUGACACAAGUAACCAAAGCGAACUGGUUUUGCGCCCUAAAGGAAAUUAAAUCUCUGAACGGUUCACCAGUAGCCAUGUUGUGCUUUGCGGAACAAACAAAUAAAUAAAUAAACGAAUCCCUCCCUCCGCACCCACUCCCCGAAGGAAUCAAAGAAAACUGCGUCGGUCAUAGGGGACGGCGAUCAAUGGGCUCGUCUGUUUCUGCACUGCGGCUCCCAUGUGUCGCGCAGCUUUGCUGGUGCGUGCAAAGUAUCGGUGGUUUGGCAUGGUAGGCUCCAAGCUCCACCUCGUCUGGAGUCUAAAAUGGCAGCGGGGGUUGCAGUGUGAGCGCAGAUGCAGCUUCUACAGCUCCUUCCGGCGGAGAUGCAGCAGGAGACCCUCCUACUCCUCACAUGGCGUCAUCGGGUUUUGCCCAGUCAAAUUCUAGGCGAGGAAGUAUCCGAGAGAGAAAAAAAAAACAAGAACCAAGCCGAGCAGCCAGUCAGCCAGGCGACGCGGCCGGUGUGAGCCGGCUCAGGCUUCAUGCGGGGGUCGCUCUGAUUUGGUCGUUUUUAUCCUGUUUUUCAUUUUAAACCCGGUGAUAAGUAGAGGAGAUGAGGGGACUCCUGUCGUUUUACCGGGGCCUGUACACCCUGAGUAACCGUCCAGCCAGGCGAAAAGCCGGGAUUGUCGGUACUCGGUGCGGGCUUUGCGGAAAUCGGUCCGAUAGCAAGCCACAGCCGAGCUUCGGGCUGUUGUUCGACAUCGAUGGAGUGCUUGUCCGUGGAAGGAUGCCAAUCCCGGCUGCAAAGAAGGCAUUCGAGAAGUUGGUGGACUCUCAGGGACGGUUUGUGGUGCCAGUUGUUUUUGUCACCAACGCAGGGAACUGCCUCCGACAAACAAAAGCAGACCAACUCUCUCACAUCCUGGGAGUGCCGAUUACACAGGACCAGGUCAUUAUGUCUCACAGUCCCCUGAGGAUGUUUAAGAAGUUUCACGACAAGUGUGUCUUGGUGUCAGGACAGGGGCCGGUCCUGGAAAUUGCUAAAAAUGUGGGCUUUAAGAAUGUUGUCAGUAUCGAUAUGCUGAGGGAGUCUUACCCAUUGCUGGACAUGGUGGAUCACAACAGGAGACCCAAACUGCCGUCCAAUCCUCUUGUCAAUCUUCCAAAAGUCGAAGCGGUGAUUUUGUUCGGGGAGCCAAUCCGAUGGGAGACCAACCUGCAGCUGAUUAUUGACGUUCUGUUGACCAAUGGAAACCUCAGCAAUGUCCACCAGACCCAAAGCAUGCCUCACCUCCCCCUGCUGGCCUGUAACAUGGACCUCAUGUGGAUGGCUGAGGCACAUUCUCCACGGUUCGGCCACGGGACGUUUCUUGUGUGCCUGGAGAACAUCUAUAAGAAGAUAACGGGCAAAGACCUGAAGUACGAGGCUCUGAUGGGGAAACCCAGCGAGCUGACCUACCAUUUUGCAGAGUACCUCAUCAGAAGCCAGGCCAUGGAGAGGCAGUGGAAACUUCCCAUCACCUCCCUUUACACUAUAGGGGAUAACAUUAUGACUGACAUCUACGGCUCCAACCUGUACAACCGGUACCUGGAGGAGAGAGCAGCUAGAAAGAACCCCAAAGCUGUUGCCAAAGUGGCAGCUGCCACUGGGUCCACCACGGCAGUGCCCAGGGAGGAGGAGAUCGACAGCCUGUGGGAGAGCGAGCUGGCACUUCCCUCCGCCACUUCCUGUAAGUCUGUCCUGGUCUGCACGGGCGUCUACAACCCCAGCGCAGAGGUGCCGUCCGAUGCCAGUCACUGCAUCAAAGAGACUGUGUUCCACGGCCACCGGGACUUCAGGUUCGACCCCGCGCUGGUGGAGCCGGACCACAUCGUGAAGGACGUGGCAGAAGCCGUCGACCUCAUCUUUGAGCAGGAAAAGUUUGUGCCUCAGUAGAGCUGUGAGCCAACAGGUUUCUCUGUGUGAAAGUAGGGUAUUAGCCUGGGGGGGGAACCACUUAAUGCAUAAACCCGUAGGAGCCGAACACUGUGGACUUUGUUUAACCACCUGGCAGGGCGUUGAAAUAACAUAAAUCAUCUUUUAAACAUUACGGAAAAAAAUAUAGAGAAAAUGAAGCUUGUAACUUUUACCACCGUCUGCUCUUUUAUAUAGUUUUUUUUUUCUUGUGGUAGUCUUCAAUUACAUGUUUUUAAUGAAGCAAACGUAUGAGAAACUGCCUUAUUUGACCCUAGUAUUUUUUUAAAUGACGGUAACAUUCUAGGUUGUUACAAAUCCUAAAACCAUCCUAUAUUUAUUACAGGAAUUUGCUACCGUUUUUCGGCAUAUUCAAGACGCGACUUUUAGUAUUACAUUUUUAGUCAUUUGUUUACCCGUUUAUCCUCGAGAAUCUAUGCAUGGAUAUGAGAGUCAUACUUGUACUGUAAAGACAGCUGUUUGGUGUGCAAUAUUGUCCUCCGGUAGUAGCGUCUGUCCGGCCGCCCGUCUGUCCGUCUGUCCGCGUUGUGUCUAGUUGUGAGGGCUCUGACCAGUAUUUGCACAGAUUCCAUCUUGGCUAAAUGUUACCAUACUUUCCUGCCAUAAUCUGUUUGUUGUAAUUUAGAAAUUCAUUGUCAUCCUUUGAAAAAUGUAACUCCGCACAAGCUAAGUGGACUUUUAUUGAAAUCAAAAGCUUUUACCGUCCCAUUUGUAGUAACUCACUCAUUGUAAAUAUCUU